CUGAAAGCAAGAUGGCGGUGGCGGUGCGGAGCUUACAAGACCAGCUCGAAAAAGCAAAAGAAAGCCUGAAAAAUGUGGACGAUAAUAUUCGUAAAUUAACGGGACGUGACCCUAAUGAGUCAAGACCGGGUCAGAUCCGUCGGCUCGGCGGCCCCAUGGCAGGCCCCGGUGGAGGUAGAGGCAGAGGAAUCAACCUGCUCAGGCGUAGUCUCUCAGACAUGGGAAGCGGCGGCCCCCCCUCCAAGCAGAGGGACAUCGAAGGAGCCCUGCUCAGGCUGGCGGGGGACCAGAGGGCCAGGAGAGACAUGCGCCACGACAGCGACGCCGAGGAUGAUGACGAUGUCAAAAAGCCGGCGUUGCAGUCGUCUGUAGUAGCUACCUCCAAGGAGAGAACACGCAGAGACCUCAUUCAAGACCAAACCAUGGAUGAGAGGGGCAAACAGAGGAAUCGGCGUAUGUUCGGCCUGCUGAUGGGGACCCUGCAGAAAUUCAAACAAGAGUCCAACGUCUCCUCAGAGAAGCAAAAGAGACGUUCAGAGAUUGAGCAGAAGCUUGAGGUUCAGGCUGAGGCUGAGAAAAAGAAGGUGGAGAGUGAAAAGAGGGAGCUGUUUGAAGAGAGGAGAGCCAAACAGACUGAGCUGAGACUCCUGGAACAGAAAGUGGAACUGGCUCAGCUGCAAGAGGAGUGGAACAGCCACAAUAAUCAUCUUGUAAAAUACAUUCGUACCAAGACCAAGCCUCAUAUCUUCUAUGUGCCUGGAAAAAUGUGCUCCGCCACACAGAAACUCCUCGAUGACUCCACCAAGAAACUAAAUGCUGUGUUUGAGGAGAGGCGCGAGGCUUUUGCCGAGCACCUCAGCAAGAUGGAGUCGCGCCCCCGGCGGCAGCCAAACCGCGACCAGGACGGCAACGCGGCAGCGACAGGGACGGACCACUCGGCGGAGGGUAAGCCAGCAGGCCAGGUAGUCAAGGUGACAGGUAACAAGGGGGUUACAGCAGAGAUACAGGAAGAGGAGGAGGAGGAAGAGGAGGAGAGGGAGAGAGAAAAGGAGAGGGAAAAAGAGAGGGAGAAGGAGAGGGAUAGAAAGGUGAAAGAGAAGGAUAAGGUGGAGGAGAGGGAGAAGGAGGAGUUGAAGAAGGCGGAGGAAGAGGUGGAGGGGAUGGAGUUGAGUGAGGAGGGGAGAGAGGAGAAGAAGGAAGGAGAGGAGGGGGUUAAAGAUGGAAAAGAGAAGGACAAUAAGGAGGCAAGUCCAGAGUCAGAGGAGAUGGAGGUGGAGGGCGGGACAGAGCAGGCAGACAGGAGUAAGGAGGAGGAGGGAGAAACAGACCGUAAACAGGAGUCCACAGACGUCCAGAAUGAAAAGAUGCAGGACACUCAGUCCUCUGAGACGACCGAAAUCAGCCACGAAGCACCAGACAGCAGUCACCAGCCGCAGCUCAGCCUCGCUGCAGAGCAACCAGCAGAAAAGUCCUCUGAGACGCAGGAGUCCUCUCUGACCCCAGAGCCCCAAACGGCCGUCUCAGUGCCGGGGCAGGACUUCACCAUCCCCGGCUUCGAGGUCCAAAACUCAGCAGCUGAGAGCGAGACUGUGGAGGAGAAACAAGGGGACGAAGAACCCCAAAAACUGCCCGACUCCCAGGAGGCCCCCAGCACUACUCCUACACCCUGUAAGGAGGACGGGGACGACGAGAGAGGAAGAAAGAAGGACAAGGAGCCAAAGAAAGCCCGCAGUCAUAGCAACAGCUCCUCUUCUUCCUCCUCCGGCUCGUCCUCCAGCGGAAGCUCCUCCUCUUCCUCCGGAUCCAGCCGCUCCUCCUCGUCCUCGUCAUCCUCCUCGUCCUCGUCUUCAGGCAGCAGCAGCCGCAGUCGCAGCCGAGACAGCGGCAAGCGCAAGAGGAGGCCGUCGGACAGGGACAGGGACAGAAAGAAAGGAGAGGAGAGGAGCCACCGCAAGAGAGGAGGGAGCAGCAGUGGAGGAGGGAGGGACUCAAAAGGAUCCAAGGAGAGGAGGAAGAGGAGCGAGGAAGGGAGGGGCAGGUCGUCCCACAGCGAUAGGGAGCAUAAAGAUAGAGAUAGGAAGGAUAAAAGACGCUGAUUCGAUUCUCAAGUUCUAAAGCUGUCAAACAGGAAAACUCUGAGGGAAAAUCAACUAUUUACUUAACUACACAUGAGAUGCGUUUUUAAAUUAGCGUUUUCCCUUAAAAUGCUACGUAAAGGCCGACUGAGGUUUUAACAAAGAAGGAUUUUUCUCUGUAGGGAUUUAUAAGUCCAUGUCAAACAGGAAGUGGAUGACUGGUUAUGAUUUUCCUCCGUUAACCCCCUUAACUUUGCAAAAGAAAUGUAACUGGUGCGUCUCUCUCUGAUUGGACCCCUCACAAAACAGGUUUCAAACAACGCGGCUGUUUGAAACGUCAUCAUAGUAAUGUCAUUUUAAACGCGGUUUAAAAUUUUAUCUUCAGCCGGACAUUUUGCUUUUAGAAAGAUCUUUGUGGCAAUAUGAUGAAACGAUGGUGUUGAAUGUUUGUUUUCAUCCUGAUCAUAAUGCCGUAGGCUGGGGUAUCGGUGGUUAUGGUAGCAGUAACCAUUAAUGUGCGGUAGUUGUGUUUUCAAGUCGAUUUGACGACGCUGUUAAUCCUCAUUUAUUUUCACUAUUGAUCAAUGUCAAGGCCUUUGUAUCUUCACUUGUGAUUUGCUCAAAUGCUGGUUUAUGAAAAUGUUUUUCUUUUUUGUUUUUUUUUUUUUGUUUUUGUUUUUUUUGUACCAACUGAGAAUCUGCUUCAAAUUAAAGGUGA